AGAAAAAAAAUUAUAUAUUAACUAAUUUAGUUCAUCUAUGUUAACUAACGUAACCAAUAAACGUAUCAGCUAAUCAGGUGUAACAAUCCGUUUUUAAUGACAAAUAAUGUGAUUUAUGUCUCAGUUUGCGAACGUACCCCACCUUCUGUGUCAUUGUUUUCAUAAACUUAACCUUAUUUAAUAGUUGUGAUUUGCAAAGAAAACACGAAAAAAAUAUGUUUUCCGCGAAUUUGGGCCCAGUUAAAAUAGAAGUGAAGGAGGAAAGAUUUUACCAAAUGAAUCAAGAAUGCAGCGAUUUUAAUUGUUCAAGUGGCCUUGAACCUUACAAGUGUCACAAAUGCGAAACAUUUGAAACCCAACUAUUGUCACAACUGCGAUGUCACAUCAUUCAAGGUCACACAUCACAACAUGUCGAACCCCAAAACUACAAAUGUCCGAAAUGUGAUUUCGAGUCAUUUUCGCAAUGUGUGUUAUUGAGACAUUCCCUUUUCACCAAACAUCAGAGAAGAAAACGGGGACAAGGGGACGCGUUCAAAUGUACAGAUUGUGAUUUUGGUACAAUGACACGUGACAGUUUGAGACGACAUAUAGUGUAUAAACAUAUGGACGAAUCAGAGAUCAAGUGGUUCAAAUGUGAGCAUUGUCCAUAUAAGGGCAAACUCAAGCACGAUGUGAACCAACAUGUGAUACAAAAACACGACCCUAAUUAUCGCUACUCGUGUACACUUUGUGAUUACAAGGCUAAAAUGAAGUACCAUUUGCAACGACACUUGAAAAGACAACACAAAUCCAAAAGUGUUGAUUUUUCCGCUUGGAGACACUCAAUUUUCACCAAACAUCACAUAAAGAAACCGGAGAAGGGGGCACCUCUCAAAUGUACACAUUGUGAUUACACAACUCCAAGUUCCUACAAAAUGAGAAUGCACUUGAUCUGUAGACACACAGACGAGGCCAAAAUCCAAUGGUUCAAGUGCGAAUUAUGCCAAUUUAGGGCCAAACGCAAGUACCAUUUGAACCAACAUGUCAUUGCAACCCACACCAAAAGUGUCUUUCAGUGUAAAGUUUGUGAUUAUGAGGCGAAAUCACCGUACAUUCUGAAACGACACGUAAAUAAACAACACACUGCUCCUGAAGACUGGUUUCAGUGUGCCCAAUGUAGUUACAAAUCUAAAAAUAACUACUCUUUGGUUAAACACUCUAAAUUGCAACAUAGUAAUGGGGAAAUUCAACGGUUGCAUUGUGAUCAUUGUGAUUUCAAAUGUAAGACUAAAUCACAAUUGAAGUCACAUAAAGUGUCAAAGCAUGUGUUAGAGUGUGACAUUAAGUACUUCCAAUGCAACCAAUGCCAUUACAAAGCCGCCUUUAAAGCCAAAUUGAACAUUCACGUGACUACCAAACAUGGGUCCAAAAGGUUCAAGUGUGACCAAUGCGAAUUCAAAACUAGGUACAUGUACAACUUGCGAAAACAUAUCGCUAAACAACACUAAAAUUAUUUUUAAAUAUAGUGUCUCGAGUACAUACUUAUUUUCUUCAAACACCCUGUAUUUUUAUCUCAUGUAAUAGUCCACAAGUGUGCACGCGGGUAAUGUUGGUUGCAUAAAUUAAAUUCUAUAAUUUUUUGAAUGAUAAUAAUUAAAUCUUUUUUUUUUCAUCAUCAGUCACAUUAACUGUAAAAUAAAAAUGUUUUGGUCAAGAUUUUUACGAAUUUGUGAACGGACCCAAGUGUCACUUUGUUUGUAUUUAAUUUUUGUAUUAGAAUGGGGUAAUAGCCAAAAUACAACUUAAUUGCAAAGCAGUGGCGGAACAAAGCAAUUUUGCAACUUAUUUUCU